UGAAAUUUACUUUCUCUCUCUUCCCCUGCAAAUUCUUAAGCCAAAAACCUGGGAUUUAGAGAGAGAGAGAAGAAGAAGAAAUGGAGAGUCUUAUCUAUUCAAACACCAUAUCUUCUUCUAGAUUCCAUUUAAAACGCAGUAAUCGCCUAACCCGGCUUAGCAUAAAUGACAUCGGAAAAUUGGGCCGUUCACCGCCGUUUUGUCUCGAAUUCCGGCGAUUCAAUGUUGCGUCUUCUCCGACAUUUGCUUUUGCUCGAUUACCUGACAAGAACUCGAUCGAACCGUUGCCUCUUUCUUCUACCGUUGCGGAUUCUUCAGAUGAGUCUAAUCCGGCGACCCAUUUUCUUAAGAAAGUCCAAAACAGCUCUGCUUAUCAACAAAAGGCAGUUGCUGUUGGGACAGUUGUACUAUUAUCAGCUCUUGUAAUGAUUCUAAUCCAUCCAGUCAUUGUGUCACCUGCAUUUGCCCAAGGAGGAGGCCAAGCCACCGCCAUCUCCAGUUCUAAUCUUUUCCGAACUGAAAUCCUAAGUAGUGCUUGGACCGGGUUCCUAGCAGGUUGCUUACACACCCUAUCAGGACCGGACCACCUGGCAGCUCUAGCUCCACUUUCAAUUGGUCGAACCAAGCUAGAAAGUGCUGCUGUCGGAGCUUUAUGGGGUUGCGGUCAUGAUGCCGGACAAGUAAUCUUUGGCCUACUAUUCUUACUUCUCAAGGACCGACUCCACAUUGAAAUCCUAAGAACAUGGGGGACUAGAGUUGUUGGUUUUACCCUUCUCGUAAUUGGCGCCAUGGGAAUCCGAGAAGCUUCCGAGGUCCCCACGCCUUGCGUGAAACUCGAGAACGGGGAGUGUGAAGUGAGUGGUGCUUACGACGAUAUCGAUAAUCGAGAACCGAAGAGGAAGAAGAAGAUUGGAUUUGCUACUUUUGCGACGGGGAUUGUGCAUGGGUUACAACCGGAUGCUUUGAUGAUGGUGUUGCCUGCCUUGGCAUUGCCUUCUCGUUGGGCGGGUGGUGCAUUUCUUGGAAUGUUCCUUGUGGGGACGGUUAUUGCAAUGGGAAGUUACACGGUUUUUAUAGGGUCGUGUAGUGAAGCGUUGAAAGAGAGGGUGCCUAGGAUUACAGAGAAAUUGACGUGGGCUUCGUCGUUGAUUGCUAUUGGUUUGGGAAUUACUCUUCUUGUAAGCCAGUUCUUCGGGUUUAGCUUAUAUUGAUGUUUUGGGCGGAAGAAGAUGUUUUUAGUCGACGGUAUUAGAAGAGAUCGAAUUUGUAGAUCAGAUGUUUGAAUCUCGAGUUCCUCAUGUCUUCGUCUAGUUUUGGAAAAAUGUUCAAAUCUAGGUUUAUCUCUUGAGAAUUUCUUAUGUUUUGAUUGUUAUUUUGGGCUGGUCUCUCAUUUUGUCAAAUUGUAUGAGGCAGUAUUAUUAUUGUUUAGAAAUUGUUAUAAUUAUUUGAGAAUUGAGACAUGUCUUCUGAA